CUUAGCUCACCUGGAAAUAAGAAAGGCAUCAGACCUGAGCAUAGCCAGCUCUCUCCUCUCAUGCUAAAUGUGUGGGGGAAGGGAAGAGAGUACAGUAGGUCCCCUCGCCCUCCUCCUCAGUGCGAUUUUACCACAGGCGUGUGUGAUCAACUGGUGCUGGGGCUUAGCUAAGCCAUUUUAGCCUCAAUCCUACUAGAAUCAACCAAAGAGAAUAUCUAUGACUCGUUUCGUUGUUGUCCAGCCCAGGCUGGAGCGCAGUGGCGCAAUCUUGGCUCACUGCAACCUCUGCCUCUGGGUUCAAGCGAUCCUUCCACCUCAGCCUCCCAAGUAGCUGGGACUGCAGGCAUGUGCUAUCACGACUGGCUAUCACGUGUGCUAUCACGACAUGGUUUCACCAUGUUGGCCAGGCUGGUCUCCAACUCCUGACCUCAAGUGAUCUACCCGCUUCAGCCUCCCAAAGCGCUGCGAUUGUAGGCGUGAGCCACCGUGCCCCAUCAGAGAAUCUCUGUGACAGUUCCUUGCUUACCUGGGUCUUGGCUUUCCCCAGGAGGUUAGAUCUAGGGAUGGCCAGCAACUAGAUGACCUUUAACCUCCUUAAAAACUGUAAUUAAGUUUUAUAAUUAAGUUUUGGUAUUAAAAUGUAUUAUUAAAUAUCAUGAAAAUAUUAUUUAUUCAUUAUAAAGGGAUUUUAAAGGAUAGUAGUUAAAAGUAUAUAAAUGACUUAUAAUCCUGUUCCCCAGAGAUAACCAUUUUAGUGUUUCUUUCCAAGCUUUUUCUUAUGCACAUACGUAAACAGUGCACACAGGAUCUGACUGUGGGUACUGUUCGGGGGGCAUGUUAUUUAGAUUCCACAAUGUAUCAAGCCAUUUUGUAUGUCAGUAAAUAGAAAUCUAUAUCACCAUUUUUACAGACUGUCUACUCUGUGGAUAUAAUAGCAUACAUGAUUCACUUAAUGCCCUAAUGAUGGACAUUUAGCAUAUUUUAAAUAUUUCACUGUUACAAAUAACAGCACAACAAACAUUGUUGCAUAUGUAUCUGCAUAGUCAUUUGAUUACUUCUUUGGCUUAAAUUUUUAGAGUCCUGGCUUAAACUUUUGACUCCAGGUUCUCCAAGCAGGAUCAGGCAGCCAGAAAUGCGGGGGAACCUGGCCUGCCUUGGGAGGGCACAAUCUUAUGAACAGAAUCCGUGAUCUGGGAUCUGCUUUAGCUCCCACCAGGCAGGCCAGGAAUGUGCCUGCAGAGGCAAGGAGGCCUGGAGCUGGAGUUGACAACGUUCGCCACAUUUCAUGCUACUGAAGGGACAGGAGCUGGGCCUAGAAUGAAGCAGGCUGGAGGGCAGAGGAGUGGGCUCUCGGAUCCAGGACAGUGGAGGCCCAGCUGGACCAGCCUUGUAUGUCCUUGUGGGACUUGAGCCUUUAGAAGUACAGGCUGCGUCUGCAUAACACACAGGGCCUAGUGCUGGGUGAGCACAGGACAUAGCAGCCCCGGGACUGCUGUAUUCUCAGCGGCCCACCCUCAUGCCCUCUGACCGGUGGCCUCCUGGCCUCUGCCUUGGACCGAACUCCAGCUUCCCUCUGCAGCAGGGGCAGAACAUCAGACCAACAAGGCUCCUGCCACGUCCAGAUUCUCUGCUGGUCAGAGAGCUUUCUCUUUGGACUCAGAGACAGUGAGGUUGGGGAUGGCUGUCCCCUGCCAGAACCCUUGCACAGAGAGGAGAAAACAUGGCUUUGGAAUCUCAGGCUAGGCGUUGCCUUGGUUGUCAGCAGGAAGCGGGAGAAGGCUCUGGGCUGGGCCAGGAUCAGCCACUGAAAUGGAAAGUUCCCCACCCUGUGACCCCACAGUGCAUCCAGCCUUCAGCCUCCCAGCAGCCCAGUGGGGGCAGCCAGAGGAGAGGUGGGUUCCUGACCUAGGGAGCUGGUGGGCUGUUGGCACACGCCCAUGGCACCACUGGUGGGCGACAGCUGUCCUUGCUAGCGAUAUUGCCGGCACUGGGGAAUCCUUUGCCUCCAGGCCUCCUGUUGGGUCAGAGAAGGGGAGUUGGAAAACAAGACAGCGAAGCGUCGCUUUGGCAGCCAUGGCAUCCCCGCUCCUACACAGGGCAAAGAAAAGAUUGAGGACAUAAUCUUCACAGAAGCCAGCUCUCCUUGGAUGCACCUGUGAGUUUGGCGAGAGUGAAGGGAACAGAGACACCCCAGGGCAGUGGGUUUGGGUUUCUUAAAUGUUGACCCUUAGUUUGGGGUCUAAUCUUCCCUGCUGCUGAUGCAGGGUGGCACAUGGCUCUUGUUCUCUUGUUCGUCCUGAGCUCUGGCAGUCAUGUACUUUAGGAUGGGGAGGGACUUUGAAGGCAGUUUCACCAGGCAUAGCUGGUAAGAUGCACCCUAUGUGGGCCUCUAUCUGUGUGCCCCCAGACCAGGGUCCCUGUUGUGAACUCGAGUCUGUCUUCCCUAGCACUCGGCCAGUUCCUGGAGGAUGGGAAUCAUACCUGAUCUGUCUCUGUGUUCCACUCCCUCUGCCACUCAUACCAGUACCUGAUGAGCUCUCAGUAAACAAAUCACUGCGUGCAGCUGGGACUGUGCCUGGGAGUGCCUGCAACAUGCAGCCUGGUGCUGGCUGUGCCCUCCCCUCACAUGCAGGAGUCCUAUUGAUUUCCAAGAUGAUAGGAAGGUUCCGAGGCCCCUAGAUGGUUCUGUGACCCCUGGGGAUCAGUGGAAGCAGCUAUCAGUUUACUGUGGAAACUGGGCCAGCUCACAGGGUCCUGUGUAACCUGCUACAAAACAGGCCAGUUCAAGAGCCGUGUGUGGAGGGCUGCGCUCUGCUUUUCUGUGGUUUGGUGGAAAUCACCCAAAUAAGUAAGAAGGCCAUACUGGAACCAGCUAGGAGGAGUGAAAUCUGAUACCUGCACUGCAGGAAAGAGGGGUGGGGGGAGUUGAGCUGAGGACUCAGUUUGCGCAGAGCCCAAGGCUGAGCCAAGAAUGGCAUUAGCAGACACCUCAGGCUCUGGAGGUGGUGAAGGGCAGUGCUGAUCGUCACUGGUGCUGGAGCCACCCUGGGCAGCAUCCCCUGCCUCCAUCUUUGAGACCGUCUCAGUACUGUCUGUCCAGGCCGUUUGUCCCCCUGCCCUCAGCAAACGAAAUGCCCUAGAUGCCGCCUGUGUCUUCGGAGGAGGUUGCAAAUGUCUCCGGAGCUAACGGCAGUUAGAGAACACCAUGUGCCAUGUCCUGGGCUUCCACACCCCCCGCCUUUACUUCCCCCAGUCCAUCCUGCAGGCGUCCUCUCUGACCGCACUCCCCUGCCCGCUGCCUGCCUUCCCUCCCUCGUGCCAUGGACAGCCUUACUUCCUGAGCUCUCCCCUUGUCCACUCCCCUCUUGGCCUCCGUGGUGUCCACCUCAAGGAGGGACCUGCAGGCAGACAUCUCACUGCUGCUCCGGCCGACACAGACACUCUCCUGCCCCCUUGUCUUCUGACUGUACCUGCUUUCCCUGGCCCACUCUGGGGACCUCUGCAGCCCCUUCUUCAAAUAGGUAUGUGGGCGCUCACACCCCUGAAAAGGCCGUGUGACCACACCCACUAGCUGGGGCCCAGAUCCCUCAACAGAACCUCAGCCGAACCCUCAGCCCUACACAGGCAUCAUUUGGGAUUCUGGUCCGUUCCCUGCCUGGUGCCCUGCAGCUGCUCCGCACCUUUCCAUCAACAGGGCUGCAGACCCCCAGCCUGCACUGUCCACCUCGGUGUCAGCAAGUGGCCUCUCCUCCUGCUUCCUGUCCAUCUUGCUCGUGUGAGCUGCCGUCCUCCAGCUCCACCGCCUCCUCCUGCCAGGAAGGGAAGCUGUUGGUGCCACAGGCUUUCCUUGGCUGCCUGUAUCCCCAGCCCUCCCUCCACUCCCUCUGCUUCAGCUGUUCCCAGACUUGACUCCCAGAUGGCACCUCUGUCCUAAGGUCCGGACCAUUUCUCCAGUGGCUCAUGCGUAGCAGAUCCCUGCUGUCUGAUUCACAUAUCAGACUCCACCUGUCCAAAACAAAGCUGCUUCCUUGCUCUCCAAGGAAGCCUUGUACUCGUGCUGUCUCAGCCCUCCUCCCUCCCUCCCUUAGCCAUGCAUCUGCUUCUCCUUUGCCUUAGGCCGCUCACCUUCCUUCCUGGACCCUGAGCUCACUGAGGACAGGGAUCAUCCUCUUUUCUCUACAAGCCCGGCACAGGGCCCUGUUCAUGCGUAUCUCUUGGGAUUAGAUUAUUUUAUUCAGUUCAGAGAUUACAGAACCACCGACAGUGUGUCCUCAUAGGCAGCGUGGUGGCAGGGAACCUGGGAUUGGAGGCAAGCUCUGGAUUCUAGUCCCAAAUCUACCUCUAACUCUGGGAAAGCCCUAUAAAACCUUCUGAGCCUCAGUCUUCUGAGCUGUAAAACGGGAAUAACCACGGCCUUCCCAUUUCUCAGGACCUUGAAAGGUGACAAGGGAGGAACGGUGCCACCAGGGCCAGCAGUUCUUAGCCCUUGGUGCACAUUGACCGGAGUGCUUUAAGAAUUACAGAUGGCCCGGGCGUGGUGGCUCACGCCUGUAAUCCCAGCACUUUGGGAGGCCGAGGUGGGCGGAUCACUUGAGGCCAGGAGUUCAGGACCAGCCUGGCCAACAUGGUGAAACCCCAUCUCUACUAUAAAUAAAAAAAUUAGCCGGGCAUGGUGACACACGCCUAUAGUCCCAGGUACUCGGGAGGCUGAGGCAGGAGAGUUGCUUGAAACUGGGAGGCGGAGGUUGCAGUGAGCUGAGAUCGCGCCACUGCACCACUCCACCCUAGGUGACAGAGGAAGAUUCUGUCUCAAAAAAAAAAAAAAAAAAAAAAAAACUACAGAUGCCUGGGUCCUUCCCCCAGAUAUUCUGAUUGCUCUCAUGAGGAUAUCAGUGUGUUCUAAAACUUUAACCACUACUUUCAACUCAUAGGUGUUAUUACCAAGUUCCUGAAUUCUAUGGCUUGAGGAACUGAGAUGGGAGUUAUAAAGAGUUUGCAAAACAAUAUUCCUGGAUGAUGUGUAAUUUGUCUCAUCUUUCAGAUCCUUUAAAAUCUACCCGCUGGAUCAAGCCAUCCAAAAGCUGGGUACCUUGGCUAUGUUGUACUAUGUUCAUCUUGCGCCACCCCACAUGAACUCUACGGGCUGUUAGAAUAUCUGCUGCCCUCCAUCCAGGUCACAACAGUGCACCCUCGUUUAGGAUUCUGUGGCAGUUCAUGUUUAUCCUGUCACUUGUGACUCCUUUGCUAGGACCCUUGGGAGAGGUGUCUCUGAUUCCACCACAGACAUAUUCUUCUCCCGAGCCACCGUCAUAGGAUCUCAUGGACCCACAAAUCAUGUUGUAACAGAUUUGCCUCUUCCAAGCUCUCGAAACGGUAACUCUCAACUCUGGCUGCCUAUGACAUCACCCAGGGAGAUUUUUUAAAUUCUCAUACCCAGGCUACAUACCAGAUCUGUGAGAUCACAGUCAGUCUCUGGGAGGUGGAUCCAGGCAUCUGGAUUUCUGUAAAGCUCCCCAGGUGGUUCUGAUGGGUGUGGCCAAGGUCAGAAGCACUGCCAAGCCUGGAGGCAGAUUUGUGGCCCACCUGUAGCCUGUGUAUGGCAUUUUCUAAAUACGGUUUCAUGUAGGCAACAUUCCCUCCUCCGUUUCCUGCUCCUACACUUGUGAUUCUCUCUCCUACUUUUGAUUUAUGUGUCUUAAUGUAUCCUUUUAAGUCCCCUGCAAUCCUUUCUGGAACUUAGCAAAGUGAAAACAAAUAGAGUAGAAAGGUUCCUGCUUUUCUCUGGCUGGGAUCUGGGCACAGCUCCCACCCCAGUCAGCCCUCGCUGGAAAGAGGGUAGGAGCCUCCUGUUUCCCCAGCCACAGUAGCUGGUCAACAGCCUCGUUCUGUAACCCCACAAUGGGGAAUUGUAGCUAGUUCUGCCAAGAGCCCUCCAAGAUCCCAUAGAAGAGGCUGGUUUGGGCUGAGAGCGGUGGCUGACGCCUGUAAUCCCAGCACUUUGAGAGGCCGAGGCAGGCAGAUCAUCCGAGGUCAGGAGUUCGAGACCAGCCUGACUGACAUGGCGAAACCCUGUCUCUACUAGAAAAUACAAAAAUCAGCCAGGCGUGCUGGCACAUGCCUGUAAUCCCAACCGUUCGGGAGGCUGAGGCAGGAGAAUUGCUUGAACCCGGGAGGCAGAGGUUGCAGUGAGCUGAGAUCACACCACUGCACUGCAACCUGGGUGACAGGUUAAAAAAAAAAAAAAAAGGAAGAAGAGGCUGGUUUGGUUCACAGCAUCUGAGUGCUGAGACUGGGCUGGGGGGAGAUCAGAGAUGGCUAACGAUGGUCACCAAAGCGCCACCCAGUUCAGGAUUGUGGAAGGCCAUGCCCCCCUUUUCCAUCUUCCUUGUCCGCUGCACUCAGUCCCAUGCUAAACAGCAGGCGGAGAUUGUCAACAAAAGGCUGGAGAUGCCCAGGGAUGGACUCUUUCCCCAGUCCUGAAAGCCAGGGAGCUGAGGAUAGCAUGCACAUGGGCAGUUUCUCUUAGUGAAUGGCGGGUGAGAUGGAGGGGCGCACAGCCGUCCAGUCUAGCUACAGAACCUUAUUUGGCACCUGGGCUAGAAAUAGCUUCUCCACAAACCUCAGAGUUUAUUUUUACGGCAAAAUUUGAUUUUCUAAGCGGCCUGUCUCCUUGCUUACCUUGCACCUGCUCAGGUGGCUGCGGCUGCCAGGAACAGUGGUGAGUUUGUGUCCUCCGUGAGGGCAUCUGGCCAAGGAGACAUGGGUGCUGACUCCCAGCCUGUGCUCUGGGAGUGUCGCUGUGCCCUUGAGAGUUCAGAGAGAGGAGUGCCUCUUUCUAACUUGCACAAAAAUAUCCAUCGGGGAAAGCACCAUGUGUGCAUCCUGCUCAGGGAAAGCACUGUGUGUGCAUACAUUGAGUGACCAUGCCCUGAAAUUGAUGGACUUCUCUCCUGUAGGGAUGAUCUCAUUUACUCAUACUCAGAGGCCACUCAGAAAGACUUUUAAGCUCUUGUUUUCUAAUCAUAAAUUUCUCCUCUCUCCCUCCAACUCCACCCCUGUCUCUCUCUCUUACAACAGGACAAAUAGUGCCAGGAGUACUGGGGACUAUAGGAUGAAUACCCAGCACAUGGUGAAACAAAAGAGUGUUGCAACACUCACUCAUUCAUUCAUUCAUUCAUUCAUUCAUCACUUACUGGUUGUCACAUUGUACAUUGUCCUAGGUCUGGGAUCCAGAGAGGUCAGACUUUCACCCUGCCUGCAAGGAGCUCUCAGUCCGGUGGGGCAGCAAGUACAUACGAAUUCUUACAUGAUUAAUGCGAUCAAUUCUUAUGUGGCAAAUAUGUGAUAAAUGCAGCAAGAAGAAUGUAUACCAAGUGCUAUGGAAGAGCAAUUCAUUUACUCGACUUAGUGAGCAUCUACUAUAAUGCUAGGCAUUGUUGUAGGCACCGGGGGUAUCACAGUGACCAUAUGAGAUAAAAACCCCUGACCCAGAGCACACACUUGAGGGGGUGAGAAUAUUCAGCAACUAGCUUAGUUUGAUCAAAACCACAAGCUUCAAAGACGAGGUGGCUUAAAGCUGGAAAUUGAAACCUAUGCAUUUAUAUGUGUGUGUGCAGGGAACACUAGGCAAUGGGAACAGCUUGUGUAAAAGCCUGAAGAUAUAAAAAGACCAAAGAUAUCAGAGCAAAAAUGCUAAGGGAAACCUAAGAAUUGGGAGACACAGCCUUGAAUGCCAUGCUAACCCUCCCAAGGUCACUGUCUCAUAUAAUGGGGAUGUAGCUGAAAGCUCACAGGGCAUUGGCCAGAGCCACCCUCACAGCUAGGUUCCAUGUGGACUCCCUGACCCCAAAACAGAGACUCUUUGGCAACUCCCACUCCAACUCCAAUUUGUUGGAACCUCUAAGGCUAAAGAUAGACGAUUUAUGUUACCUCCUUCUGUGACCUAGUGCUUUUAGGUUGCAAAGUGUUUUCACAGCUUCCUCUCCUGGAUCAUGAGAGGGACUCUAGGAGGUAGACAAAAAGGGGUUCUUGUUGCCAUUUAUUGUACCAAGGAGCAAACCAAAGCCCAGAGAGGUCUAGUAUCUUGCUCAAGGUCACACAGCCCAUCAGGCAGAGAAGAAACUAGAGUCCCUGUGUCCUGGUUCCUAAUACAACCCAGGGGCCCUUCUUGUUCCCAUGGCAGCUGCCACUCCUUAUUUUGAAGCCUAAAAAGCUCUGAGCAAGUAUCAAUCACAUGCCUGCCUGCCUCCCACGACCAUUAGUGCAGCACAUACGACGUGUCAAGCCAGGCAUGGACCAUCUGCUGGGCUGCAAUGUGGUCCCAACCCCCACUCAGGAAGAGAACUGAAGGAGUCACAUAUGGGCUGCCCUUCUUCCCACCCACCAUGACCCAAGAGGCCUAAAGACCAUGAGUCAACCAGACUCAGGCUGUCACCCUCCUGAGCCAAGUGGAACAGGUCACAGAAUGACCAUCGCAGGCUGGAGACCCCUCCACUUGCUCCUAGACCACCUGGAGGCCAUUCAUGACAGCCGCCAAUAUCUAUUUUCACCCUUUCUUGUAAGCAGGCUGGUUGUGAAGAGAAUGGGGAGAUUUCAGCCUCACACACAGAGCCUGAGCUCACAUGUGGAAGACAGACGUAGCCUAGCAGUCCUCACGGGCCACCCUUGAUGUGUUGCAACUCGUUUAGAUAAAAGCGUCUGGCUCGUAAGGUAGCAGCAACAGCAAAAAUCAUUAGAAGCACAUUUCUGCUUUUACAAAGUAACCUAGUAACAGCACAGGAGGCAACAAUUAACCCGGCACUCCGUUCUCUAGGUACACAGGCAGGUGCUGAAAGUGGGAAACGGAAGUCAGAACACAGAGACGUUCUGUUAAGGCCCUUCUGGGAUCAGCACUCUGGGAUGUGGGAUGGCCCCGCCAGCCAGAGAGCCACGCCCCUGCCAUUAGCACAGAGAGGAGGUGUCCUCCCUCUCCAUCUCAGAAUAAACAGUGUGAUUAUUUAUUUAGCACCAGUUCAAGGCUUUCUGAAAUGCACUCGCGGUGCUCUGCCAUCUUGCGCAGGUCCUCCCUGAACUACCACUGCUGCCUCUGUGGAUCAGAUAAAGGAAAUCUGGCCUGCACCAGUCUCUGCUGGGCUCUUGCUCCCAUCUCUGCAGACUCCUGUUCUCCCUGACCUACCUGAGUGUUCAUAUCCCACCUUGGGGCACUUGGUCCUGCUGAGCGAGUCUUCCAGAAGCGCCUCUCCCAUCCCUACCUAUCUCCUGGCAAAGAGCUCCAGGGCCGCCCCCGAGGGAAUUCUCUCUCCUCUGAUGCCAUUAUGCCAUUUCUCUCCCUGGCACCCUUGUAGUACUUGCUGCUUCCUGGUUCCGGUGUGGUCCUGUCACUGUCCAGUAUGCCCAAGGCUCAUUCCCACCCCCAGUACUGAGGGCAGCCUGCAGAGCCAAACACCCUACACAGGCUGAAAAGGAAUUGAUGAAUGGAAAAAGUCAGUUCCCACGGCCUCUGGCUGUGCUCCUGGCCCCUCAGCCCCACGUCCUCAGAUCCCAGAACUCUCUCAGGAGACUACCGGGAGUCUUUGGUGGCAGGGACUGUCUCAGUCAGUGUGUCUCAGUCACAAAGCCUGGCACAAAGAAGGCUCUCAAAUGUUUCUGAGAUAAAUGAAUGAUCUAAAGUGGCUUCUUUAACCUGUCUAAAUUGUGUGUGAAAGGAGCCAGCCACACCCAUCAAAGCAGCUAACAGCUGCCCAUGUUAGGGCAGAGGGUGACGCACUGACCCUGCUCUCCCAAGGCCACCGCCCCUGGGGACAUGGUGCACCCAGCCAGAGCCCUCCUUCCCACUGUUCCAAGCAUAGUCCAUGGCCCAGGAGGAAGCUAGGCCUCCCAGAUCUUGCUAGAACCCAGGCUCUCAGUAUGCUCAACAUUGCAUUCAAGCCAUGUUUAGAAAGGUAUGUUCCAUAUUCAGAGGGUCCUCGCGGCCUUUGUUCAUUCAUUCAGGCAACAGCAAGCAGCAGAAAGUAAAUGGUCACAAGCACAGCUGCUAGACUGCUUUGGUCCUAACCCCAGCCCUGCCCCUUUCCAGCUGUGCAACCUCUGGGCACAGUCCUUAACCUCCCUGUGCCUCAGUUUCUUCAUGUGCAAAAUAGAGAUUUUCAUAAAAUUUUCUGGUGGUUGUAAGGACUAAAUGAGUUAACAUAAUAAAGUGCCUAGAAUAGUGUGUAAGACAUAUACAAGGCUUUGCUCUUAUUAUUCUAAAAGACUAGGACCUGGCUGAGUCAUGGACUUAAUUCAUACCUUCUUUGAGCCCAAAUGCAUCUUCAAGGAAGGUGUCGGCGUGCCCACCUCCCACCCUCACCUGUCAGUCAUCCUGCAGCCUUCGCUUACUGAAUGCAUCCAGCCGUAGGGGAUAUCUGUCUGUUCCCAGAGAGGUGGCCCUCCUUGGCCCACCAGAUCCCAGACAGCCACUGGGCUGCAUCCUAUUCCAGUUCUCCAUAGGCCACAGCAGAGGGUCCUGGGGCCCCUCCCACUUACUUCUGGUAGGGAAUCUGCAAGCACCUAUCACAGCCCCAUUUCAUUUAGCCCCUCACCCCAUGAGAAGGGUCUGAACUCCUGCUCAGCACACAGUGUCCAGCAGCCCAAACCUGGACGGUGAUGAAUGGGCCAUCUGAGAUGCUGGGGCUUAUCCCUCCCACGAUUGCCACUGACAGGCUUUGAGACCCAGAAGCAUGUCCGUGCCCCUCUUUGGAUCUUGUUGUUUUUAUCUGCAUCAUGAGGGGACUGGAUUUAUGAUUGAUCCCCAAGGACCAGUCAGGCUCUGUCCCUAGAAGUGACGCUCUGGAUGGGGCCAUGUGGGGGCUUCUGGGACUCCACCACAAUUAGCACUAUGGCCUCAGAAGUUAUGUCAGCAUGUCCUUGGGGCAUCUGUCAUUAACAAUUAUGAAGUCAUUAUCUGGUAAAUAAUUCAUAACCCGAGAGAUGGGAUAAGCUGCCAAUAAACAAUAAUCCAUUUAGAAUGAGGCUUGAUGAGGGCGAGCACAGCUGUGGAAUUGCAGCCACCUCCUGGAGGGCAGCUCCCUGCUCACCUCUGGUGUCAACAGGGCCCAUCCUUAGGGCCCUGCUCAGGCCACACCUCCUCCCUGAAGCCCUCCUUCUCCACUGCUGACCAAAGGCAUCACCCCUCCCCUGAGCUCAGGCAUGACUGAGUCCGUGAACCCAGUGAGGGCUGGCCAAGUGCCCAAGGCUGUGCUAAGCAACUUGCGUGCACUUUCUCGUGGAAUCCUCCCAGCGGCCUUAGGGCUGUAGCUACUGUUGUUAUCUCCUGUACCGAGAAGUAAACUGAGGUUUAGAGACUAAAUAACUUAUCCAAGAUCGCUGAACUAGAAAGCCCAGGUCUGGAGUUCACAUCUGUAUGAUGUGAGAGCUCUCACUCUUAGCCAGGGUGUCCCACUCCCUCGUGCGAGCAGCUGUACCUCUUGUCAUUUGUCCAGGCUUUAUUUGUGUGUGACCUUUGUCUCUCCAGCAAGACUGUGAGCCCUAGAUGGGUCCCAGGAGGUGCUUCCCAGAGGCCAUAGAGCAGAGCGUCUCCUUGCUGGCUGGCUACUUAAUGUUGUAGUGAUGUUCUAGUGGUGUUUGGAGGCCAAACCAAGGACGCUGGAGAGAGGGGCAGGAGGGGACGUCUUCUGCACAUGCUACCUGAAUUUCCAUCUUCUAAUAGGCCUAUUGCAUUUUUCCUGCCCAAGGGACACUUUGCAGCCUCUGGCUGUACCCCCUGGAAGUACUCCGUCCUGGGGAAGAAGUUCUUUGCUCAGAUGCUGGGAACCCUGGCUGCAUGGGUUGGUCAUUAGGACUGGGUUAGCUCUGCCAAGAGCUCCUCCUCUCCUGCCAUGCCAUCACCUGCCAUCAAGGCCAGCAGCCCACCCUGUAUCAUCUGCAGGACUUGCCCCCAGUGCCCAAGGCUAGAAGGGGUCCUCAGGGGUGUCCCACUCCCCCUGCUAAAAGGCUCCAUUCUUUUUUCUCCUGGGUAGGGGCACCGCAGACAUUGUUGGCCCCUGUAUUAUAACCAGCCUUUCAAGGCCCAUAGUCAUGAAGGUCCCUGUUUUUUCUUCUCAGGGAAAAACAGAACUGCCCUGAGUUGCAAGUGUCAAGGAACAGGGUGGAGUUUCUAGAUGUUGAACCUGUAAUUGUCACACAUCUGGAAUUUGCACAAACCUCUGCAGCUGGGUCGUGUGGUGGGAGAAGCCACAGUGGCUCGGUGCAUGCUCAUUCCUCAAUAACCACAGUAACCAGCCCAAGGGGAGGCCCCUUCUAGCCUUUUAACCUCCUGCGGCCAGCGAUGUGGUCAGGACUGGCAGAUGCGUGGCAAGACAAUGGGUCACUUGCUGCUUUCUAGAACAGCUUCAAACAGCUGGAAUCUUCCCAUCUCCUUUGAACAGAAUUGCCUCACGGGAGGCACUGGCCCCGUCUUAUUUGUCAGGCAGGCUUCGCAAUAACACACCUCCUGCCCCUGGCCUGAGCUCCUUGCUUUCCGGAUUGGGGAAAGAUUCCAUCCCUGGGCGCCCCUGGCCUUUUGCUGACAAUCUCCACCUGCUAUUCAGCAUGAGGCUGAGGAGUAGACGUGGAAGGCAGAGAGGGGGGCCCAGCUACUGCCAGCCUGGACUGGAUGAUGCUCUGGCAGCCAUCUCUGGGCAUCCCCCAUCUCCCGCUCAGUCUCGUCUCAGCACUCAGAUGCUGGGAACCAGACCAGCCUCUACUAUGGGGCCUUGGAGGGCUCUUGGCAGAACUGGCUACAAUUCCCCAUUGCGGGAUUACAGAAUGAGACCGUGACCCAGCUCCUGUGUCUGGGGAAGGGGAGGCCUGAUGGGUGGGAGCUGUGCCCAGGUCCGAGCCAGAGAAAAGCAGGAAGGUUUUCUAUUUUCUCUAUUCUACUUGUUUUCACCUCAUUGAGUUCCAGGAAGAAUUGCAGGAGACUUAAAAGGACACAUUAAGACAUCAUGAAUCAAAAGGAGGAGACAGAAUCACAAGUGUAGGAGCAGGGAGUGUCGCCUACACAAAACCACAUCUAGAAAGUCCCACAGAUGGGCCACAAGUGGGCCACACAUUUUCCUCCAGGCUUGGCAGUGCCUCUGACCUUGGCUGUUCAUUGGAAUUGCCUGGGCAUUCUGGUGACUAAUGCAAAGCCAUCUACCUCUUGCUUACCCCCAAAGAAGAAGGGACCACAUCCUAAAUCUGUAUUAAGGGUCUUGCUUUUAUUCUCGGACUUGGCCGGUCCCAGGGAGGUUGGGAUGCUCUCGCUUCUGGGGUGGCUACUACAGCCCAUCAGGACAGGACUUUGCAUGCCUUGGUUGUGGACAGACUGACAGAAAAUAAAAGUAUUGUUUAGCAAAGGGAGGGGUAGUUUCCAACCCCAGCAAUAAAGGAAUGAGAGAAACUGGUGUUUAUCACAAAGCAGAGAACAUGGCAUUUCCGUGGGCUCUAACAAUCUGACAUCCUCAAGGAAGGAUGGGUCUGUGACUGUGGAUCCACUUGGAAGGUGCCCUCCUGUUCCCCAGCGGGGUGCUGAGUGAUGUGCUGGGAGGAAGGGCCUACCCGCGAGCCUGGUUGGUCCUUCUACAGAAAGCCCUGGGGAUGGAUUGUCUCUGACACUAAAGCCUCUUCCCAAAGGUCUCCAGGGAAAGAAAUUCCAUCAGCUUCCAGAGUCCCUAUUCCGGUGGCUCCUGCAGGCUUUUCUUCUAUCUGACCUGAAUCUCCCUUGCUGCAAUUUAAGCCCAUUUUCCCUUGUUUUGUUUUGAGUGGAAAUGGAGAAGAGCUUGUCCCCAGCUGCCUCCGAAAGCAGGGUGAGUCAGAAGUCCUUGCGUACCUCCUGCCACGCUGAAGCAUUCUCAGAAACCUGCGCUAUUGAAUCUGUCCUCAUGAAAGCCUCCCAAGAGAACCAGCUUCGCAUUAAUGUGUGAGACAAGGCUCCACUCUGGGAUGGGGGCAUGGUGGUGGCAGGGCCCUUCCUGCAGGGACAGCACUAGAUGGCCCUAAGUGAAUGUGCCUGGCCCCUGCAGCAGCUGGGGAGAGGGGCAUGUGAACGGAUCAGCACCUCACAGUGAAACUUGCAUGCGUGGAGUCUGGUCAGGGAGCUGGGUGGGGCGGGCGGUGCCCACACCAAGGAGGAGGUGCCCACAUCAGGUCCUAAGGGAGAGGAGGAGGUGGCUGGGGAAAGAGGAAGUCCUCUCAGGCGGGUACCAGGAGACUCCUUGUCCACUCUAGGUUCCACAUUUGCGUUUGAAAAAACAGUCUUCUUAUCUAUACUCCCCUCGCUCUAGUGUUGGCAAUGGAUUGUUUCCCCGCCUGCCUCAGCUGAUGUUGAAUGGAAAGAUCAUUCACUUAUUUCAUGAGUGCGCACUGGGGGAGCCUCCGUGGGCGAGGAUGCGCGUGCAGGCGCAUACAUUCUCUGGAGGAUUCUUUUGGCCUCUUGAUCUCCCAGACCACUAGGUUUCUGUCUUGUUUUUGUGCCUUUUUACUUCUGGGAACAAAAAACCCCCACUUGUUUCUGCUAAAGAUAAGCUAUUUUGUAGGCCAUUGAAGCCAAUUCCUGGAAGAGUUGGGUUGGUGGUUAAAAAAAAAAAAAAUCUGAUGGGAAAGCAGUAGAUCACAGCAGCUAAGUGACUGAGUUUAAAAAGCAAUGAUGCUGAGUGGUCCUGACAACACUCGGACAGCACACAGUGAAUACAAGAGAAGAAUUUUUAUAUUUCCUAGGCCAGUGGAAUUAAAACCUUCCUACUCUGCAGGAUAAAUGGAGAGAAACCGAAUCUCUUUUUCCUAAGCAGUUAUCUAAGUGUGAUACUUAGAUGUGAGCAAGGUAAUUAGGCUUUAUUUUUUUCCGUUGCUUGGUCAAAAGCCCCCUUCUCAAACUACUUGGCUCCAAUACCAUGGGGGAAAAAACCCACCUACAUUGAUUGGAUUUAAAUAAUGGAAUUGCCAUUAAUAUCUUUCAUAAAAGAUGAUUGAUUUCUGACUUUGGAUUUAUGGAAAGUUGGGGCUUGUAAAAGUGAACAGAGUGGCAGUCAUUCAGUAUUAAUGCUGGUUCAUACCCCUCCCUCCUCAGGGCUGGUUAAAUGGAUGGCUCCCAACCUAAACCCCCCCCCCCCCAUGCCAGCUGCUAGGUCACAGGGAUCUCUGGAGGGUGUAACGGGCAGCCCUGGGCCCAUCCAGUUGCCAGCUGUGGUGGUCCAGGAGGCUGGGCUGAACCCUAGCCCUCUUUCCUUCUUUACAUCAGAUUUUUUUUUUACCUAAUAUGAUUUUUUUUUAUUUUACUUUAAGUUCUGGGAUGCAUGUGCAGAACAUGCAGGUUUGUUACACAGGUAUACAUGUGCCAUGGUGGUUUGCUGCACCUAUCAACCCAUCAUCUAGGUUUUAAGCCCUGCAUGCGUUAGGUAUAUGUCCUAAUGCUCUCCCUCCCCUUUCCCCCAACUCUAUAUCAGAUUCUAGUAUGAAACUCAGUGCUCCAGCCCCUAGGGACACCAGCAGCUUCCACCUGUGCUCUGUGGAAGCUCACUGCCCCUCAUAGGAUGGAGGACCACUGAUGACCCAGAGAGGCCCUCUGCAGGUGGGUGGGUGUGUGAAUGACACAGCCUCUGAGCUCUGCUCUCCUACGCCUGGGAGCUCAGAUGGACUGGCCUUUAGUACAGGGACCUGCGCGAAUGUGGUCUGGUGGUUCAGUAUGAGUUCCUGUAGUGAUGGCUUUCUCCUGCUUGGGAAAAGGCAGAGGGAAGGCCUAGGCACACCAGCAAACCAGUAGCAGGGCCCUGUGUGGCUUCAGGUGCCUGGGGGGCUGAGGGGUAUGAAUCGGGUCUCAGGGCUUAUAGCUCCCAUGCAUGCAAGCCUUCCCCCGCUGGGCCAGCAGCUCUGCUCCUGCUCCUCUUGCCCUCAGGUAGCUGCCCCUUUCAUCCCUGUCCCAGCAGUGGGAAUCCCAUAUCACUGUCUUCCAGCCCUCCGGGUGCUACUGAUCUCCUGUUCCUCAGCUCUAUGCUGGAGCCUCCCAGAUCCAUCCCUAGGGAUUGGUCCUGUUGACAUGGCUGUCCACUGCCCCUCCCUCCAGAUGCCGCUCAGGUGCCGUGCGACCUCGCUGAACUCCAUGUUCCCUCAAGCUACCUCCUCCUCCCAUGUCCCCCACCUCUGGAAAUGGCAACACCAUCUGCCCAGUCCCCUAGUUAGGAACCUGAGAGUGCAUCUCGCCUCCACGUACUACAGGCUGUCAGCUCCGCCUCCUAACCAUCCCUCCCACCCAUCCUUCCCCUCCAUCCCCACUGCUCUUGACUUCCUUCAGGAGACCCUCACCAACUGGCACCUGAGCAGCCACCAUGGGCUCCCUGCCUCCACCUUUUUCCCUCCAGUUCCUCCGGUACACUGGCCCCAGCGGGAGCUCUAGGAUGCAGAUCACACGUCUAGCCUCCCCAGACCCUGGAGGCCAAGUUCCAGACACCUGUGCUGAAAGCACACCACCCACGAUCACACUCUGAGACCUCGUGCCACUGUGCCUCUUCCACAUGGUCUCCUCCACCUGGGAUGCUAUUCCCAUGGGCCUCUCUGGACUGGCCCCCUUGACCUCCUCCCAAGGCUGAACCAACCAUUCCUCCCUGCACACUGUUCAUGCCUCUAGUGCAGAAGGGGAAAUUAACCUGUGAGGGCCUGAUCUGUUAGACCAGUUUGGGGCUGCUGGUCUUGUUCAGCCCCCCGCUUCUGAAAACCCCUGCACCCACCCCCAGCCCUUGCUGUUUGAUAGCAGUCACGUGGCCCACCCUCCAGCCUCAGCUUACUGGACGAGGGGCAGAUACCUGGCUUCAGGCUACUCUUCCAUUGGCUGGCAGCAACACAGGCCUGGUGGGCCGUGACUUUAAGAAAUUAGCUGGAGCAUCAGAUUAAAUCUCCUUUGCAAUGGGAAGUAAGGGAAUUAAGAACCAGAGAGUUCCAUUUGGGGCUGGGUCCUUUAGCCUGAUGCUUAUAUGAAUAUAAGAAAAGCAUGAUUUUUCUGAGGCUCUGUGCAAAAGAGAGUUGAGUCUCAAAGCCUGGUUGGGAAGGAAGGAAAAAGGGAGGUGAUAUCCUUAGAGAAGUGGUUUGCAGAGCAAGACAGACAGAGCUAGUCCUGGCUGGUCCCAAACCUCCUCUUUUUUUUGCCCAUCGGCUGGGUUCCUUGAAGGCCCUCCUUACCGUAGCCUCACGAUACUACGAUGCAGCCCACAGGAAAAACACGGGUGUCUGAGCCCAAAAGCCAGAACUCAAGUCCGGCCUCUCUCCGUUGCAGCUGUAUAACCUUGGGCAAAUUACUUUCAUCUCUCCCUCAUCUGCAACAGUGGAAAUAUUCCAGGAUCUAAUGGGCAGUUGGACGAGAUGACGUUCAAGCUCCGUUCCUGCUCUAACAUCUCACAGCCCUGUCGUCUUUGCCCUGCCUCCCGCACAGGAAUGACGUAAAGUAGAGCACUUCACAAGCCUGGCCAACUCAGUGUUUGCCCCAACCUGUUCUUGCAAAUAGCAUUGCCCUUUCCUGUUAGCACAGCUCCCAGGGGGCCUCUAGGAGCUUUUGCUUCUCUGCUUGCUAUUUAAGAGGGAUUUAUGCCGUGGCCAGGCAGGCCAGGAUGUUCAUGCACCCCCAAUAGCAGCUUUAUCUAAUGAGGAUGAGAUGCUUACACAUAUUUUCAUUUUUUAAAAAAUCGGCUAUUAAUUUGUCAGAAUUAUUCAUAUUUUACUGAUGAUAUUUUCCAUGUAUCUAAUCAGGGAGCUCAUGAAUAGAAAUGAAACUAUUUAAAUACAGAGAUGGUGUACAUUGUACGAUCUUGUUUUCUCAAGCUGUUUCAUAAAGCAGUGAAUACAUUUAUUUCUUCUAAAAACAGGUCUUGCAAUCAUCAAAAACUAUUUUUUAAAUCUUUGAUUAAAUAUGACUCUAUUCGAAUAUGCUAAAUCUCUGGGAGCGGGGUGGGCGUGUGUGUGUGAGUGUGUGUGUGCACGCGCAUGUGUGCGUGUGUAUGUGUGUGUGUGUGCAUGUUUAUGCGUGUGUGUCUGUGUCUGUGUGUCCGUGUGGUCACUUGAAGAAGUACAUUGUUUUCUGGCCUUCUCCAUAGGGACAGGAGACUUUCUUUUAGUGAGAAAAAUGGAAAACACAUUUUGGGUCAAAUAUUUAGGAUGGAUAGAUGGCAAAGUAAAAGCACAAAUUGAAAUUGAGCUGAGUAAUAUUGGAGAUAAUUAUUUGUACAGUGUAGACUUUUAAACUGCUCAAAAUUCCAGCAGCACUUACCUACACUGAAAGAGGUUUAGAAUCAUUAAACAAAGCCAGAUAUUAAAUAUACUACUGCUAUCUCUCGAAACAUUAGCAAGUAAUGUAAAACACAUGGCAUCUACUCAAUGGAAAAUCUGAGAAUACAAAUUAUAAUAGUUGUCUUAUAAGACCUCUGGGAAGCUUGAACUAAAUUGCUUAAUUCCAUUAAUAACAAACUAUUACUCUAGCUAUUAAAGUAACAUAAGGUAAUAGAGAUCAUGUCGAGAGAUUGUACUGAGGCUCUUUCUUCACCUAGCACAAAUUUAUUCAGGGGCAUUGAUAGAUUUUAAUUGACUAUGGCAACUGAAUAGCAACAAAGGAAACUGAAUGUCUUUUGAAAAGCUCCACGUUUUGUAGAAGCAAAUAGCAACACCAAAAUGAAGGUCUGGGAGGCUGGGUCAGGCAGGGAAGGGUGCUGGGAACAUUUCCACCAGCAGCUCCUCCACGGAGAUGCUUUCCUGUGACCUUAAGGAAACGCUUCCUGGGAACAGGCACGCCACAGGCCUGAGCAUCUUUUUCAGCUGCAUGCAGUCCAAGUGGAAAGGCAACCAAUCCAGGCUGCUCUAAAAGCACGUGCUUUGUCGUGAAUAUCCAUCAGGCACGUUUCCAAGAUAUAGGACUGCAGGGACCUUCAUGCAAACUGCCGAAGCCUCUCUGGAGAGUUCUGAGAACAGGAUUUGUUUUGGCCCAAAGGCUUGGCAAUGGCAUGAGUGACCCCCAAUCCCCAAUCAUGAUUCUGGGGCUGAGGAUCAUCAAAGACCCCCUCGGCUUCCAUCUGGUCCAGGAUGGAUUCUGGUGACCCGUCACCUAGUUUUCUCUCCCACUUCUUGGUCCUCUCCCUGCUUUCCAGGCUCCUUCUGUCUUCUUUCCACACACCCAGUUGCCAUCAGCGUAUCUGUCGUGCGUCUCACACUGGCCUUGCCCUAUUGCAGUAUCCUGGUCUUGAUGAAGCGACAGUGCUCCUUUCGUCUCCGUAAGCCGAUCUCUCCUUCCCACUCACCCAGCCCCAAGCACCUGGGCCUUCAGUGCUGCCUCAGUGCCUUGUUGGAAGGAAAUCUCUUUUAUUUUAUUUAUUUCUAUGAGUAUUUUAUUUAUUUUUUGGAGACGGAGUCUUGAACUCCUGGCCUCAAGCAAUUUUCUCGAACUCCUGGCCUCAAGCAAUUUUCACAUCUCAGUCUCCCAGAGUGCUGGGAUCACAGGCGUGCAUCACUGUACCUGGCUGGAAACCCCAUUUUUAAGGGAAAUGGUAAAAGAUGUGAGGGCCUGCAGGAGGUGGUCCCUGUAGUGACGUUCUAGGAGGUGCCUCUGUGGGCUGUCAGGGAGGUGGCAGGGAAGUCAAUGGAGCCCCCCAAUCCUGGUGCCCAUGCCAUGCUUUUUGGUGAGGUGGGUCCAGGUCAUUGCCCCUACCUGGCUCUGGGACACAUGAUAAUUUUGCAGCAGAGGUGUUGAGGUUGUGUCUUCUGAUGUUUGGCUGGACAUUCCCAUUUGUUUUCAUGAAUGUCUGAAAUGUCAUCUCACUUAAACCAGUACAAUACUCUUUAUCUUCUGCCCUGGGUGGCAGUGGGUAUAACAGUCAACCCUGCCAUGUCCCCUGGGACUCGGGACAUUCUCCCAGCCCCCAUUGGUCCCAGCUUCUCUCCAGGACAUCACAGAGGAGCUUUGGGGUCAAGCCUGCACCGUACCCACCUCCACUGUACCCACAGCUCCAGCGAGAGUGACGGCCCCUCCUGGCACCGUGUCAGGGCCAGGGCUCCGGGUGUGACACCCCAGAACAGGCUCCGGCUCAUGGCUGUGGACGCCUACCUUGCUGGCACUGGGAGAGUCUAAUCCCGCCACGACUGUAGCACGCGCAUGUGUUUGAAAACCUCCUUGGCAGGCAGGACCUCCUAAUUUUUUCCACUUCUUGUGAUUAGCGUUGCAGACUAAUCCUAGCACCAGACUCAACACCAGCUGUUCUUCCCCCACUGCUUGUUUUUACUUACGAACCAAAUCCUGGAGUUGCUGCCGAAUUGGCCAGCGCCGCUCUGCUCCUCCCUCAGCCCAAGCUGCAGCCAGUCACCUAUGGCAUGACCUCAGAUGAGCUGUCUUUUCAACAUGGCCACUCGUGUGUCCUUCACACUGCCCGGAUGGCACUGCUCAGUCUCAGGGGGUGCGAGAGGGGCUCACUGGGUUCCAAAGAGGACUCCGGCUUACCCGCUGCAGCAGUGGGAUAUCAGCUGUUCCUGGAGCCAAACUGAUCUUAGAAAUUUGGUUUUGCAUCCUUAGACACCAGACAGCCCUGGAUACCACUUAUAAUUUUUUAUGUAAUAUGGUAUUUUCAAAAUAAGAUAUGUAACAUUUAGAUAAGUUGUAUGACAACAAUGAAAUGAACACACAUGAUCCAUCCCACCUCUGAACUUAAGAGCUGAAACAUCACCAGACUAUUGAAACUGCCUGUUUUCCUGCUCCGUUCAUUCCAGGUCCUCUUAAAUUUGGAAAGAGGUAUGCAGAAAGAGCACAGCCCUGGUACCUCCUCCCUCUCCCCCAUCCUGCUCCCACCGGAAAGAUAUGUUUUCCCCCAAAAAGGGUACCCCGCCAGUGUGCAGCAGCAGCACCCCCUCUAACCUUCAGCGGGGCCAGCGGUGGAGGGAGGGGAGGCAGUGCAGCCUGGGCAGGAAGCAAGGCCUCAGUGGCCUCCAGAUCUGCAAGAGGGGCCAGAGCUGCCCUAGGGGGCCCAGGGACCACCGCUGUCUCUGCUUCGGAAAUUUCUCUGGCAUGCUUCCUCUUCCCCUGACUUCUGUGGCAAUGCUUGGGGGAAAGUUAUUUACUGAAUGCAGACCCAGGGACUCAGACUUCUGCAUCCAUACAUACCAUCCAUUUGCAUUUCUGUGAGAGUCUCUCACAUACCUGGAAGGCCCUAAAAACAAAUCAGGGAGUGUGGCAUAUGGGACAUUUGCCCUCCAAACACUGCAGCGUCAAGAAGAAUUGCAAUUGUCAGAAAUAUCAUAUUCCUGUCAAAAGCGCAUGAAAUCAGUUCUGUAAAUUGAGAAAUGUAAGUCACAGUUAUAUUUGUUCUGCAACCAUAUAAGAAUCACGAGUUUCUCCUAGGGUAGGAAAAAAAAAAAAAAAACUAUGAGCCCUUUAGAAUGACUUAAUGUCCAAUCAUAGCCACCUUUACCAGGCAGUGCUGUUUCUGUUGGCAUGAGAUUUCUGACUGCCUUCAGUCGGUGGGUAUUUCCGCUGGGUUGGUUGCUUUCUUGGCAACUGCGAUUACUUGAAAACGGGAUGAAAGUAAGUGACUCCUUUUUUGUUUUCCUCCUUGGCAAUCUCUCUGUGGUUUUGUGGCUGCCCAUGUGGUUCUCUUUCCUUCCUCUGUCCCUCCAUGACUAGAGCACCACAGCAGGGAGCUGAGGGUUUCCUGGGGUUGGGCAGUCACUCAGCCCCUCCCCUCUAGCAGUGCACGUGCUCUGGAGUUCCACAUACCUGGACCCUGUUACCCCGUUUUAGUUGCACAGGACUGCUGGGGGAGACGGUGCAAUAAUCGUUUGGUCAAGAUGAGCCAAGCCUCCUUUGGGCCGAGCAUGGAGAUCACAGAAAUGGACUCCAACUCACCUCCACCCAGAGAGGCAGGGCCAAGCCUAAAGGUUUUGUAGGGAUUUAGGGAAGGGAGGGAGCAAAGGGCUGGGAGAGCCAGGGAAGGUUCAUUAGCCCAGGAGCAUCUUUCCCUGCCUCCUAAAGGAAUAUAGCCUUAAGCUCUUUGGAGGAGAGGGGAAUAUUCCAGCUGGGCCAAGAGAGAGGCUGGCCUGAGGCUGGUGUGUGCAUGUGACCUGAGGGGCACUGAGCUGUGAGCUGGAGGUAUCGAGUGGGCCUCAGCACUGAAGUCAGGGGAAACCAACCGUAUGGAUGCCGUUCUGAAAGACAGCCUGUAUUACAGGAGCACCGGGUAGAGAGUAUUCAAGGAGACAGAGAUCUGUCUGGAACUACGAGAAGGGCUGACUCAAGAUUUCUGGCCAGAAUCCUAGGAUUUUUCUUUUUUAAUUUAAGGUGUGCAGCACAAUGUUUUGAUAAACUUAUACAUAGUGAAAUGGUUAUUAUAGUUAAGUGAAUUAACAUAUCCAUCAUCUCACCUAGUUACCCUUUUCUGUGUGUGAUAAAAGCACCGAAAUCUACUCUUAGCAAACUUCCAGCAUACAAUAUAAUAUUAUCCUAUACACUGACAGUGAACACCAUCCUAUUCAUUUAUUGGGCAGGGUAGGUUUGUUUGUUUUGGAUGUAGAACUCAUCACCAGGAAAGCAGGCAAGAAUUCCCCGAAAAUCAAGAAGUCUGAGAUUUGAGCAGCAGUAAAUCUGUUUUCUCUGAAGUGCCGGUGUAGACUCCAUUCUGCUGUCUCUACCUUGGCCUCCAUACCGAGUGGGCUGGAGGCUGCGGCACCAGUGAGGUGCCCUGACAUCCAGCUGGCUGUGACAAAUCAGAACAAACACCCGACCGGGCAGGAGACUACUACCUGGGGGCCUCGCCCUGCCCUCCCUGCCAAGCAGGGAGCUCCAGGCCUUUGGGGCCAAGGGAAGCCCCUCUGCUGAGGCUCAGGAAGGUUUUCGGGGUUGGGGAGCAGACUGGAAGAACUUAGUCCUGCCCUGACCAACACCCAGCUUUGUCAGUGCCUUCGUUAGGACAUUUAGGAAGGUCGGGGCUUCCUUCCACACUGAGACCUCUGCAGUAAUGCAGAUGUCCUAUACUGUGCUGGCAAGUGCUGUUGAACACUUAGAAUGUGGCACGUGUGACUGGGGAACUGAAUUGUGAAUUCUAUUUAAGCUAAAUUAAUGUUAAUUGAAAUAGUCACAUUGAUGAGUAGCUACCAUAUUGGACAGUGUAACCUUAGAAGAUUCAAGGCAGAACCUGGGUGAGGCCGCCCCUAUGCCUCCCAAGACUGGGAGACCUGUCACUGUGUCUCUUUCCAUUGCUGAAAGUGACAGAGCCUACGGAGCUCUCAGAGAGAAAUUAUCCUGAAAAUCAGACCGAAUGGCUGAACGCUUACAGAUGUCCCUGCGACCGAUCACGUUUCCUUUCAUGGCUAUAAGAAUUGUAUUAAAUAUUAGGCAUAGGAGGAAUCUUACCAGGUUUUCCCUAAAGCCCUUUUCUAUCUUGCUGCAUGAAGUUUCCUCUCCUGCAGCUGCCUGAGGAAAUGGUUUCGCAAUACUUUAUUAUUUUUGGAUUUUUUGGCAUACUCACUGAAGCCAGGCCUGGGUACUCAGUUUCCAUUUGAUUUCUGGCUGCUCAGGGCUCACUCCUCCUGCCCAGGCUGGUGGGAUUUCUUGUAGGCCAGACAGUGGAACGGUUUAGAGCAGCCCUACCUCUCCCUUCUUUGGGGUGACUGCAGAGGAAAUUGAGGGGCCAGCUACCACUGCUUACAGGAAAUGGACAGAUUAGGGCAACUGGAUAAACAUUGCAUUGAAAAUACCUGGCUUCUGUGGGUGUGAGGCAGGACUACCUGAAUAGAUACUUAUUUUCUUGCUCCAGAGCUGUCAGACUCAAGCAGUGGCUGGGCUUUAGGUGACUUGGUGACGUUCCCUGGCUCUAGGGUAGCUAUGGAGUAAUCGGAAUCACCGUCUGAUUUCAGCAAUUGCACUUCUCAGAGUUGAGCAAUGAGGCUAAGGAGAAAAGGGAUGGCUGGAACAAGUUUGAGGCGGGAAGAGGAGAAAGGUCUUCAGCCCCUUGGGCACACAGAGGCAGCACUGUCGGCCCCCACCCAGAGAAAGUAAAGCAUGACUUGGAGAUCCAGAGUCUGCCAGACCCCAGGGCAGUCUCUCAGGAGAUGAGGGAGGAGUGGGGCGGAACAGCGCAGCUGCUGUGUUUAUGACACAUCUUCCUCCAUGGACUCCUCAGGACCCUUCAACCUUAAUAUUUGAGGCGCAUUCUCUAGAAAUAGUCUUUGUCCACUGUCUGAGAUGGGUGGGAACAGAGGAGUAGGAGGUGUUGGCUUUUUUUAGGCUAGAAGGUUAUUGGUUUAUUUAAGUGCAUUUGCUUUGGUUUUAGCGUUGUGAGGAUAAUUAAUUUAUGUAUGACCCUCCUUAGACCUGUAAAUAUGUAUUGGUACCAACUGUACAGCAGGCCCUGUGCUGUCCACCAGCAAAAUAACAGUGAAUGAAAACAUCUCUGCUCUAAAGUAGAUAUUCUCCCCAGCCCUUCCCAGCAUGGUCUGGAAGGGAACAGCAGGAUAUUCAGACAGUGCCUUAGCAAGGAGGGACACAGAGUGGUGCGUUCGUGUCAAACACUGGUGUGCAGAAGGUAGGGAGUCCAGGAGGGCUUCAUGGAAGAGGGAGACUUGACUGCGCCUUGAGAUGUCUGGAAGGAGUACAGAGGGCUCUUCAGGAGUCAGAACAAACAGGUCCGGGCUCUGUUUCCCUGUGAGAAGCCGCCUCGGCCCACCGAGAUGUCCCGGCACCAUAGCCGCUUCGAAAGAGAUUACCGGGUGGGCUGGGACCGCCGCGAGUGGAGCGUCAACGGGACGCAUGGGACCACCAGCAUCUGCAGUGUCACCUCGGGGGCCGGUGGCGGCACAGCCAGCAGCCUCAGCGCCCGGCCCGGCCUCCUGCCGCUGCCCGUGGUGCCCUCCCGGCUGCCCACCCCUGCUACAGCUCCUGCUCCCUGCACCACCGGCAGCAGCGAGGCCAUCACCAGCCUCGUGGCCAGCUCUGCGUCUGCGGUCACCACCAAGGCUCCCGGCAUCUCUAAAGGGGACAGUCAGUCCCAGGGACUGGCGACCAGCAUCCGGUGGGGGCAGACGCCUAUCAAUCAGUCCACACCCUGGGACACUGAUGAGCCACCCUCCAAACAGAUGAGAGAGAGUGACAAUCCAGGCACAGGGCCAUGGGUGACCACGGUGGCCGCCGGGAACCAGCCCACCCUGAUCGCACACUCCUAUGGAGUGGCCCAGCCUCCCACCUUCAGCCCGGCUGUGAACGUCCAGGCCCCGGUCAUUGGGGUGACCCCCUCACUGCCUCCCCACGUGGGGCCCCAGCUCCCGCUGAUGCCAGGCCACUACUCGCUCCCUCAGCCGCCCUCUCAGCCACUGAGCAGCGUGGUGGUCAACAUGCCUGCCCAGGCCCUGUAUGCCAGCCCUCAGCCCCUGGCCGUGUCCACACUGCCCGGUGUGGGGCAGGUGGCCCGCCCAGGACCCACCGCUGUGGGCAACGGCCACAUGGCAGGGCCCCUGCUGCCUCCACCACCGCCAGCCCAGCCGUCCGCCACUCUCCCCAGUGGUGCCCCUGCCACCAAUGGGCCCCCCACAACCGACUCGGCCCACGGGCUGCAGAUGCUGCGGACCAUUGGCGUGGGGAAGUAUGAGUUCACCGACCCGGGGCACCCCAGAGAAAUGUUGAAGGAAUUGAACCAGCAACGCAGAGCGAAAGCGUUUACAGACCUGAAAAUUGUUGUUGAAGGCAGAGAGUUUGAAGUCCACCAAAAUGUUCUAGCUUCCUGCAGCUUGUAUUUCAAGGACCUGAUUCAAAGGUCCGUGCAAGACAGCGGCCAGGGCGGCCGGGAGAAGCUGGAGCUCGUCCUGUCGAACCUGCAGGCAGACGUCCUGGAGUUGCUGCUGGAGUUUGUCUACACGGGCUCCCUGGUCAUCGACUCGGCCAACGCCAAGACACUGCUGGAGGCGGCCAGCAAGUUCCAGUUCCACACCUUCUGCAAAGUCUGCGUGUCCUUUCUCGAGAAGCAGCUGACGGCCAGCAACUGCCUGGGCGUGCUGGCCAUGGCCGAGGCCAUGCAGUGCAGCGAGCUCUACCACAUGGCCAAGGCCUUCGCGCUGCAGAUCUUCCCCGAGGUGGCCGCCCAGGAGGAGAUCCUCAGCAUCUCCAAGGAUGACUUCAUCGCCUACGUCUCCAACGACAGCCUCAACACCAAGGCUGAGGAGCUGGUGUACGAGACAGUCAUCAAGUGGAUCAAGAAGGACCCCGCGACACGCACACAGUACGCGGCUGAGCUCCUGGCCGUGGUCCGCCUCCCCUUCAUCCACCCCAGCUACCUGCUCAAUGUGGUUGACAAUGAAGAGCUGAUCAAGUCAUCAGAAGCCUGCCGGGACCUGGUGAACGAGGCCAAACGCUACCAUAUGCUGCCCCACGCCCGCCAGGAGAUGCAGACGCCCCGAACCCGGCCGCGCCUCUCUGCAGGUGUGGCUGAGGUCAUCGUCUUGGUUGGGGGCCGUCAGAUGGUGGGGAUGACCCAGCGCUCGCUGGUGGCCGUCACCUGCUGGAACCCGCAGAACAACAAGUGGUACCCCUUGGCCUCGCUGCCCUUCUAUGACCGCGAGUUCUUCAGUGUAGUGAGUGCAGGGGACAACAUCUACCUCUCAGGUGGGAUGGAAUCAGGGGUGACGCUGGCUGAUGUCUGGUGCUACAUGUCCCUGCUUGAUAACUGGAACCUCGUCUCCAGAAUGACAGUCCCCCGCUGUCGGCACAAUAGCCUCGUCUACGAUGGGAAGAUUUACACCCUCGGGGGACUUGGCGUGGCAGGCAACGUGGACCACGUGGAGAGGUACGACACCAUCACCAACCAAUGGGAGGCGGUGGCCCCUCUGCCCAAGGCAGUACACUCUGCUGCAGCCACAGUGUGUGGCGGCAAGAUCUACGUGUUUGGUGGGGUGAACGAGGCAGGCCGAGCUGCCGGCGUCCUCCAGUCUUACGUUCCUCAGACCAACACGUGGAGCUUCAUCGAGUCCCCAAUGAUUGACAACAAGUAUGCCCCCGCUGUCACGCUCAAUGGCUUCGUUUUCAUCCUGGGCGGGGCUUAUGCCAGAGCCACCACCAUCUACGACCCUGAGAAAGGAAACAUUAAGGCGGGCCCAAACAUGAACCACUCUCGCCAGUUCUGCAGUGCUGUGGUGCUUGAUGGCAAGAUUUAUGCAACUGGAGGUAUUGUCAGCAGUGAAGGGCCCGCGCUGGGCAACAUGGAGGCCUACGAGCCCACAACCAACACAUGGACCCUCCUCCCCCACAUGCCCUGCCCUGUGUUCAGACACGGCUGCGUCGUGAUAAAGAAAUAUAUUCAAAGCGGCUGACAUCAGCAGAAAGCCCACGAUAAGACUGUGGACAAGUCUGGUGAGGCAAGUGCCACGCAAUGAUAAUUUUCCAGCGACACCAACAAGAGGCCAACAAAACACAAUCAAGGAACUCACUGCGCUCAACAUGUUGAAUAUUCUCUACAUUGAAUGUAGAAAAUCAUCCUCGCCUUUGGAUGAAACGGAGGCACCGCGCUUGGAGCCGCAGGAACCACGAUCCCGCCACGGGGCUGGCUGCCUCCUCAACAGGGGCGCUCGCUCUGCCAGGUGCAAUAGAGUUUCACGUAUUUUUCAACUGGGAGAGAGAAGCUGUUUUUUCCUUCCUGCAGAGCAAGCUUGAUCCCUAAACAACCAUAGAUCAGUUAUCUUAUGACAACAUUAGGCAUCAGGCUCUCUUGGAAUAAGAUCAAAGUGUCCUUAUCACUUUGAUUCCUACUUUUGUUUUUUAACCGAUCUACACUUUCAGUGGCCGACAGAAAACGAGGGACAAUACUGUGCAUCACAAGGCCUAGGAGGCUGCUGGUCCCCACUGGGGCUGAAGAGAAGCCCAGCUGCCCACGCGGAGCCAGGGGUGGCAGCUGUGGGACAGCCGGGGAGUGGGGACAGCGGUCUGUCCUUCACAGGUUUUUCUACUGUGUUUUUGCUGGAGAAGGACAGUGAUUACGCUAGCUUUCUCUUACCCAGUAUGAAUUAUUUAGAUUUCUGAGGCAUUUUCUUGAUAAACAAAAGGCUAUUUUUAAGUACUGAGAGGAGGAGCAGGCCACAAGAGGGAUAAUGUUGUGGGAAUUCCCAAAGCUCUUUGUAGGUAGUGCCAGAGGGGGGGCUUUUGCUCUCAUUUUUCUAUGUGCAGAAUAGAGGAUCUCUCCUGGGGUGGGCGAUGCCCCCAUUUUAUUUUUAGAAAAAGUAACUCCCAGACAGCCCCAUAAAAGCUGUGCCCAAGGAAGAAGAGUCUGCUCUAGAAGGAGCCCGGUUCUGGCUCAGGACACCGGCCCAGCUCCCUCCAUGAGGUCAAGCUGAGGACCAGGCCAGUGGGAAGGGAAGGAGGGAGAAUAAGCGUCUAUAAAGCACAGGAGACUAUUUUUGAUAUUCAUAGCUAUAUAUUAAGGCACCUGCCACAAGAGCUCUCAGGAUGGGGACAGCCUUCUUAGUGGAGCCAUGGCAGCAAGGCCUGAGGGCAUGAGCAGAACCACUCUUCUUGUCACAUACGAACCUGAGAAAAGGGAAGCCAGGAGGGAGGUCACACCAUGGCUCAAAAGGGAAAGGCCUUCCCGCUUGUCCUUAGCCCCUCAAACCUCACACGGUCAACAGUUUCCAUUCCAGGGCAGGAGAAUGCUGCCGCCACCGCUGCCGCCACUGCGCUGUUGAGUUGAAGUUGGUACCAAAUACACAUUUACCACUUUUAUAUCUGGGAAGUCAACUUGCCAUCGUUUCAUGAUAACAACCAUUUAUAAGAGAAAAAGACAGGACACGCUUUCCAUCGUUCAGUAUUUGAUGACACAAAAUUCCAGUUCUAACGUUGGGCAUCAACUUCUAGCACUACGAGUGUGGCUCCCACUUGGACAAGAUACCGAGCUUCGUUAUGCAGUUUUUAAUAUUAUUUAUUAUUUUAAAAAGUAAUAAGCACAAAACUACAUACAUUGUAUGUCAUUUAAAGUAUUUAUGUCAAACAGGGUGCAAGUGUGAACCCAAGGACUGGAGCACAAAUUCCUAACUGCCUGGGGCAGGGCUAAUGUUAGCAUUGGUGUGCGUCUGCCUCCAAAGGAGGUUCUAGUUGUCAGCGAGACUCAACACAGAUGACAUUGAAAUUCCGUUUCUCUCCUCAUCUAUCACACUGGAGCAAAACUGGCUAUUUCUGUGAAUGAUAUAAAACAGGGUUCUCUGUAAUAGUAUUGUACAUAGUAUAUGUUUAUUGUUAAGUUCUUGUUAUAUUAUAAUAAAUAUAUUUAUAGAUCUAGA